AAAACGCAUCCACACGAAGAUGGAAAAUCGACUUCAACUUAUAACCUUUGACAAAGCCACACAAAGGUUCUUAUGCAAAGUGUGCCACAGAUCAUUCACAAACAGGGGCAGCUUAUUAAAUCAUACAAAACUACACACUGGAGAAAACCUGCACAGCUGUUCUGUCUGUAGUAAACAGUUUAUAAGUAAUUCUAAGUUGGUCACACAUCAAAGGAUCCACACUGGAGAGAAGCCAUUCAAGUGUAACAUUUGCCUUAAGUCAUUCAAAGAGCUUUCAUCUAAAAACAAACAUAUGAUAAGAUUACACAUGAAUUAUUUAAACAAACAAUUGUAAAACAUUUGGAGACACUUCAUGUCACACCAGACAUAUGGAAAUAUCUCAUUUGAAGCAAUGAUCUAAGUGCCUGUAUAUAAACAAACAAUAUUGAAUGUAGUGCAAAACAUUUGGAGACCCUUCAUGUCACAUAAGACAUAUAAAAGAACUAACUUGAAGCAAUGACCUAAGUGUCUGUAUAUUAUUAAACAAUUGUGAAUGAAGUGCAAAACAUUUGGAGACCCUUCAUGUCACAUAAGACAUAUAAAAGAACUAACUUGAAGCAAUGACCUAAGUGUCUGUAUAUUAUCAAACAAUUGUGAAUGAAGUGCAAAACAUUUGGAGACCCUUCAUGUCACAUAAGACAUAUAAAAGAACUCACUUGAAGCAAUGACCUAAGUGUCUGUAUAUUAUCAAACAAUUGUGAAU